CACAGGUGUAAAAAUAAAUAAACAAGAAAACAGAAUCUAGAAUCUAGAUCUAGAUUUUGAUUCUGGAUAUUGAAAUCCAGAGUAUUCUAGAGUUUAUAGUCUAUAGGCCUAAUAUUCUAGACUGGAUCUAGUCUACUAGACCAGAAACCAAGGAUUCAGAAUGCUUACAAUAAAGCAUUUUUCUAAGGCUCAAGGCUCUUUAUUGAUUCAUGUGUGCAACAUAAAUAAAAAAGCCUGUGCUCCUGCAUAUUUCUCACACUUGACAAGGAAUGCAGUGGCCUUGAGCAAUAAGUUAAGAAAAGAAAACCCCACUUAUGUAAGCUGCAUGCUGAAAAGCACUCAGCCCAAGUACAGGUUGCGUUACGCCAAUUUUGGACAUAAAGAGAGGGAGCUCUCUUGGCCUAACAAAGUGGUUUAUAUAGUUUUAAUGGCUGGCAUGGUCUUCACACUAGUUUUAGGCCUACUACCCUCAGACAAAGGUUUUCAUAAAAGCACUAGUGUGAAGGCAGAAUCUGUCACUCAUACAACACAUGAAGACUCUGAAGAGGAGUCUGGAGAUGAUGAGAAGAAAAAAAAGAAGAAAGUGGGGUUUCGAGAUAGACGGAUCAUUGGAUAUGAAGAUCGUAUCCGAGCCUACUCCACACCUGAUAAAAUCUUUCGCUACUUUGCCACUUUAAAAGUAAACCAGGAUGGGGACUGGGAGGUGUACAUGACUCCAGAAGAUUUUGUGCGUUCAAUCACACCAGGCGUGAAGCAGCCUGAAGGUCUGGGACUUGAUAGCUUUAAGAAAUUUGAUCCAACUAAGGAAAAACUAGCAGACCUGCGCCAGGAUAGAGAAAUGGUUGGCAUGCUUGAGAAAGACAGCAUUUUCUACAAGCUUGGACAGUCUGGACUCAUCUCAUUUUCUGAUUACAUUUUCUUGCUUACUGUUCUCUCUACUCCUCCCAGGAACUUUGAGAUUGGAUUUCGAAUGUUUGAUUUUAAUGGUGAUGGUGAAGUCGACCGUGAAGAAUUCAGCAAGGUUCAAGAAAUAAUUAGGAACCAAACUUCAAUAGGGAUGAGACAUCGCAACAAUGCUAACAGUGGGAGUGUUGACCACGGCAUGAGCUCAGCACUCACCUCCUACUUUUUCGGAGUGGAUGGCUCAAAAAAACUGACAGUUUCAGAGUUCUUAGAAUUCCAGAGGCAGCUCCACAGAGAAAUUAAUAAGAUUGAGUUUGACAGGCAUGCAGAAGAUGAUCUUCUCUCAGAGCGAGACUUUGGCAGUGUAUUGCUGACCUAUGCUGGCUUGCCUGACAGCAAAAAAUCUAGAAUGCUCAAGAGGGUUCGCAGGAAGUAUAAAGAGGCACCUAAGGGAAUUACUUUUGAGGAAUACUUGGCUUUCUGGAAGUUUCUCAAAAGCAUCAAUGAUGUGGAUACAGCCCUCAGCUUUUACCAUUUAGCAGGAGUUUCUAUUGACCAGGAAACAUUCAAGCAUGUUGCAAAAACUGUGGCACUAGUAGAACUCUCUGAUCAUGUGAUAGAUGUUGUGUUCACCCUGUUUGAUGAAAACAAUGAUGGGGAGCUGAGCAAUAGAGAAUUCGUAUCUGUGAUGAAAAGACGUGUGAUGCGAGGCUUGGAUCAACCAAAGGACACAGGCUUUGUGAAACUGAUCAAUGCUGUGGUCAAGUGUGCCACCUCUACCCACAUCUACAGUGAUUAGCUCCAACAGGCUCAUUUUCAGUAUCCAAAAUAUAUUCCAUUUGUCCUGACCUAGUGAUACAACCUUUUUGUGUGUAUAUAGCUAAAGUAUAUCGCUUUAUUUAUCCAUAUGUAAAUAUAUUCAGCCAACUGAAAUUUUCUGAGUAGAAAAUGUUUUUUAUGCUCCGUCUAGUAGUUAGUCUUAUGUUAUUGAAAGAAAUCUAUGGUCAAUCAUUAACCCAUAAGUCCUAUGCACCGAAAAAGAACUGAUCUAUACUAUUUUUCUUUCAAUUUUACUUCUUGCUUUUUAAAAUAAAAUAAUUUUAUGAUAAAAGAUCUGCAUAUAUUUUGUGUUAUUUUUCAAUGCAUGUGGAUUUUUAAAAAAAAUAAGCAAUUUUCCCUUUGCUUGGUCAGACUGCAAGUAUGUUCACCUUCAGGACUGACAGGUCCUUGAUUGUAGUUCAGAUUUUUAAAAGGUAGAAAGAUCAAGUUUCUGUGUACCUUCCUGCACUGAUUUAUAUUUAACAUUUCUGCUUAACUGAUCAAAAUAAAAUUGACUCUUACCAAUA